UGAAAGAGUCUCUCUCUCACUCUCUCAAAGCCAAAGCAAAAUCCUUUUGGCAGGAUCUUUUAUUUUUCCCUUUUUAAAUUAUAAAAAAAAAACACUUUCUUUUCCCUGCGGUGAGAAAAUGGGAAAGGUGGCAAUUGGAGUAGCGGUGGUGUGUGGGAUAGCAGUGGCAGCGGCCGCAGCGGUGGUGGUUCAUCGGAAAACGAAGAAGUCAGGAAGGUGGGUGAAAGCAAUGGAGAUACUGAAAGAGUUUGAAGAAAAGUGUGGGACCCCGAUUCCGAAGCUGAAACAGGUGGCUGACGCCAUGAUUGUGGAGAUGCAUGCUGGCCUUGCCUCUGAAGGUGGCAGCAAACUCAAGAUGCUCAUCAGCUAUGUUGACCAUUUGCCUACUGGGAGGGAGAAGGGAUUAUUUUAUGCAUUGGACCUUGGUGGAACUAACUUCCGCAUGCUACGAGUGCAAUUGGGAGGGAAAGGUAGAGGUAUUGUCAAUCAACAGUUUGAGGAGGUGACAAUUCCUCCGAGUUUGAUGACAGGGAGUUCUGAUGCAUUGUUUGACAAUAUUGCAGCAGAACUUGCAAAAUUUGUAGCUCAAGAAGGCUCAGAUUUUAAACAAAGUCCUGGUAGGCAGAGGGAGCUUGGUUUUACCUUCUCAUUCCCUGUGAUGCAAUCCUCCAUUGCUUCUGGAACGCUUCUUAGGUGGACAAAAGGCUUCUCUAUAGAUGACAUGGUUGGCCAAGAUGUGGUAGCAGAAUUGGCCAAAGCCAUGGAAAGACAGGGCAUUGACAUGCGUAUUGCAGCUUUGGUCAACGACACUGUUGGAACACUAGCUGGGGGUAGGUAUAACAACAAGAUCCUUGGUACUGGAUCAAAUGCAGCAUAUGUGGAGCGUGCGCAUGCCAUACCAAAAUGGCAUGGUCUACUUCCCAAAUCAGGAGAGAUGGUUAUCAAUAUGGAGUGGGGUAACUUUAGGUCUUCGCAUCUUCCAUUACCAGAUUAUGACCAUGCACUAGAUACUGAGAGUUUAAAUCCUGGUGAACAGAUUUAUGAGAAGGUAAUAGCUGGUAUGUAUUUGGGAGAAAUUGUCCGCAGAGUUUUGUGUAGGAUGACUGAGGAAGCUGCAUUUUUUGGUGACACUGUUCCACCAAAACUUAAAGAGCCAUUUAUAUUGGGGACACCUAUCAUGUCAGCAAUGCAUCAGGACACUUCCCCUGACCUCAAAGUGGUAGCCAGUAAUUUGAAAGAUAUUCUUGAGAUAUCAAAUACCUCCCUGAAGAUGAGAAAGGUAAUUGUUGAGCUCUGCAACAUUGUUGCCACACGUGGGGCACGUCUUUCGGCUGCCGGGGUACUAGGGAUUCUGAAGAAAAUGGGGAGAGACACAAUCAAGGGAGGGGAGAAACAAAAAACAGUGAUAGCUAUGGAUGGUGGACUGUACGAGCACUAUACGGAAUACCGCGAGUGCUUGGAGAACACCCUAAAUGAAUUGGUCGGAGAAGAGGUAUCUCGAACCAUUGAAAUUGAGCAUUCAAAUGAUGGUUCUGGCAUUGGAGCUGCUCUUCUUGCUGCUUCCCAUUCGCAGUAUCUUGAAAUGGAUGAGUCCUGAGAGCAGUAAGAAGCCGGUUCUGCCAUUCUUUUGAUGUUGUUUGUGAGAAAUCUUGGCAGUUCUAUCCACAUUCCUUUUCCCGUUUUAACCUGGGUGAUUAGCCAUUUUAUUCAUUUCUCAUUUACUUGAGGGCAUUAAAUAAUUGCUUGCAGUUACAGAGG